AUGCUUAGGAAAUGGGAAACAGAGCAACAUGGAGUCCUUGAGGAAGGCCCAGACUACUGGUCAUCACAAGCCAACAAACACUGGCAAGGGAAGAUGUGGAUACUUGUGAAAGAAUUGGGCAAAAGGAAGAAGCAGGAGUUGGAGGGAGAAGCAGAGGAAGGUAAAUGCCCUAGCAAUGCUUUCGAGCCCACUGCAAUCGCUGUCUCCACCACCCUCGAACGGUAG